AUGGGCACAAAAGGGUACUUUGCGUUUCCUCCUUCAAUUCCGGGCACGUCAAGACCAUACCCCACAUCUAUACCACAGUUCCCCGAUACCAAAGAGACAUUCGUUGACAAAAGCACAGCUGGCAAAGGGGAUGAGACGCGUAACGAGCCUGAUAAACCGCUCCACGAUGAAGAACGUAUCAAUCGACUUCACAAGGAGCGAGAGCUCAUAGAGACGAGCGAAAUAGAGUGGGUUCGAGGCGGCGGAGUUCUGCGCGACGCCCAAGGGCGCCGCGACAAAGCCCGCACCGAACGCAUUCGCGCGGAGCUCAAGCUCCAAGAAGAAGAAAAGACAAAAAUGAACAGAUGGAGAGAAUACGACGAGCGGUGGAAAGCCCUAAUAACCACUUCAGAUAAAACUCUCGCGUUCGCAGACAUCCCAUGGCCGCUUCUCACAGCGCCCAGAGGUGCUGAUUCUUUCACGUUGCCUGCGAUUUCGGAGUUUUUGUUCGAGUCUCUUUCUGUUCGGAAUAACGCUGUUACGAAGAAGAAUAGGAUCCGCAGCUCGAUAUUGCGGUGGCAUCCUGAUAAGAGCUCUUUGGUCGUCGGCAGGGUUGUGGCUGAGGAUGUGGAUGCUGUUCGGGAAGGUAUUCAUGCGGUGUUUCAUUGCCUCAAGCGUCUACAGGAUGACGAAAGGGAUCAUAAUAAUACCGUGUAA